AUGGGGGCCAUUUUAAUGAAGAAUGGUGCCCGUCAGAUUUCAACCUAUGAUAACCUUUCAGAUGAUGGUUCAGAUAGUAGCAGUAAUGCUAUUGUUCUGCAACUGGUUGCUGGCGAUAAGGUUUACAUGGAACUGUGGGACGACGCUGCUCCGAAGAUUGCGUUCUCCGCCUCUUUGUCAAACUCUGGUUAUGUUUACAGAGGACCCAGUGCAGACAAGAUCCUGGUUUUCAAAAGGGUCUUCUCAAAUACUGGCAAUGGUUACAAUCAAUAUAUAGGGAUCUUCACAGCACCAGUGAACGGUCUCUACUACUUCAGCUUCAGCACCUAUGGCUACAACAGUCAUAACAUGGGGGCCAUUUUAAUAAAGAAUGGCGUCCAUCAGGUUUCAAUCUAUGAUCACCGUUCAGCUGACGCCUCAGACAGUAGCAGUAAUGCUAUUGUUCUGCAACUGGUUGCUGGCGAUAAGGUGCACAUGGAACUGUGGGAUGACAGUAGAGUGUUUGAUAACCUGAGUGGACACACAACCUUCAGUGGUUUUGUCCUCUUCACUGUGUAG